GAUUACAAAUCCUUAUAUUCACUACAUAGUGAACAUCGGCUACUAUGCUUUAGUUUUCAUCUUCACGACAGGAAUCUUCAUCAUGAUCGUCACUAAGAUCAUUCAGUCCAGAAUCAUAAGAUCGACUGAAGACAAGAGAAAGACGUUCAGAAAGCAGCUGAUGAUGGUGUUGAGUUUGUUCCUGCUCUUCGGUCUGACGUGGUCUGUGGCGUUCUUCAGUUAUGGACCGAUGCUCAUUCCCUCAUAUUACAUAUUCACUGUGCUGAACUCAUUUCAGGGUUUCUUCCUCUUCCUGUAUUACUACCACAUUCACAAUGAUGUCGCGGGUCAGUUCUCUGAUGAUCCAGAAAGCACCGACUCCAACACAACCAUCACUUAAUCCAGCAUUAAUGAUGCAGAAAAUAUUCAUAUCUAUCAUACUUAAGACAGAAG